AUGAACUCGGAGGCCUUCGUUGAGGUUUUAUGUGGACUUUUACUGCGAGAGUGAAUGUGUAGUGGUGUGGAGAAAUCUCCAGUGUUUGACUUGCUUUGUCUGUCUUAUACAGUAUAACAGAGAGCAUACAAACCAAGUGACUGUUCAUUUUUUCCCUGCUGUUUAUGUGAAUGUAUGACUACACAACAUGCAAACACUAUGGAGGUGUGUGUGUGUGUGUGUGUGUUGUGUGUGUUGCUGCUUCCUCUCCCACACCCCAACAGUUAAUAGAAGCGAUGGGGUGCUGAGUGGAGACAGUGUCUCAGCGGAGGCCGAGGUUCUCAGCUCUCAGCCUUAUCUGAAGUGUGAUAUAUUCCAGAGCUGUCACUCCCUCACCUCCCUCACCCCAACCCCCAGAGGGGAGCCCAAAGCCUAUAGACACACACACACACACACAGAAAUAAAGAAGGGAGUCUGCCACUCAGCCAGCCUUCAACACUUCCUGUCUGCAACCGAUCCAGAACAAACAACCACUGACUCCCGCAUCGCCAGGGAAACGGCCCGGCCAACCAAAACAUUCACACAGGCCACCAUCACAUUAACACGCCUCACAUUGAAUUCUUCCCCCAUUGUGUGUGAAGUGGCCCCCUUUUUUAAAAGACCAGAUCUUCUAACUUCUCCUAUAUUGAAGUAUACUUGCAACGUGUUUCGAUUUCGGUCAGGUUUUCUUUCAAAAUGAAAUGUCGCCGUGUCGUUUCUCGACAUACGCCGCUCGGCAAAGACUGAGGUUUCCGAUCAAUGUCUUUAAACGCGGGAAAUAAUUAUUUCACAGAUGAAAGUAGGGAGAGGAAAACAAACAGCCUGUGGAUUCAGCUCUGUAAUUAGUGUGGUGUAUCUUUUCUCACUGCAGCAAAUUAGCCUCCCUGGAUUCUGGAGCGUUCUGUCAGGGAUGAUACCCGCAUUACUUUACACCAGCGUGGAUCAGAGGCAGGAGGAGUUCAGGCUGGGGUUAUUACCUCUUACAGAUGGAUAAGAAAUGGGUCUGAUUUGGAAAAAUGGAUUUACGUCCCACUAUUGGGUAAUAAUUGCAAAUCACAAGAUCCGAUUUGAGAUCAGGCCCACUCGUAAACAGAUACGUAGGCAUAUUUCCUGAUGGAACACAUGAAACUGGUUGUACAGCUGUGUAGCUGCAGGCAGUAGCACACUGGCAGAACUCAAGCCUCUUUUGAUCUGUCUCUUCUCUCUCUCUCUCGCUUGCUUUCUCUCUCGCUCUCCUUCUCUCUCUCUCUCUCGCUCUCCUCUCUCGCUCUCUCUCUCGCUCUCUCUCCUCUCUCGCUCUCCUCUCUCGCUCUCCUCUCUCGCUCUCGCUUCUAUCGCUCUCGCUCCUCCUCUCGCUCUCGCAUCUCUUCUCUCUCUCUCGCUCUCCUCUCUCUCUUCACCGCUUCCUCUCUCGCUCUCCUUCUGGUCCUCUCCUUCUUCUCUCUCUCUCAGUCUCGCUCUCUCUCUCUCUCGCUCUCGCUCUCUCUCUCUCAGCUUCUCGGCCCUCUCCUCUCGCUCAUCGCUUCCUCUAGCUCUCGCAUCUCUCUCUCUCGAUCUUCUUCUACUCUAUCGCUCUCUCUCUCUAUCAUCGCUCUCCUCUCUCUCUCUCUCUACUCUCGCAUCCUUGUUAAGUCGCUUUUCUUUCGCUAUCCUUCUGUCUCUUCUCUCUUCUUUCUACUCUCUACGUCGAUUCUCUCUGCCUAUCUACUUAUCUCUGCUCGAUCUCUACUCAUAUCCUUCUAUAUCUUCUAUCUCUAUAUCGCUCCGCGUACUCCUCUUCGUCUCUCUCUCCUCUCUCUCUCUUUCUCUCAUGCUUCUCUACUCUCUUCUCUCUACUCCACUCUCAGCCUGUCAAAUCCGAACUGUUCUCAUCUCCCUCCUCCUCCCUCUCUCUCUCCCUCUCCAUCUCUCUAGCCUCUCUUCUCUCAUUCUCGCUCUCCUCGGCUCCUCUCUCACUCUCUCUCUCUCAACUCAAACGUGAUUACGUGUCAUCAAACAACAGCAGAACAGAAAUGACAAACAUGAAACAUGAACUUUUAACACCAACCCUCCCUCUUCCUCCCCAGGAAUGCCCCGGUUCUCCAGCCAGCCGGCAGCAACCAGCAUACGCCUGGGAGACAGCCAGGUUCUGGCGUGUGACGUCAACCCAGACCUGGUGCCUUUAGCCCGGUGGGAGCGCGAGCGUGAGCCCCUGGAGCUGAGUGCUAGGCUGGUGCAGCUACCCAACGGAGCACUGGUGGUGAGCAACGCUUCGGAGGCCGACGCUGGGCUCUACCGCUGCAUGGUGGAGAACGCUGGGCCCGCCAAGACCAGUGAGGAGGCCCAGCUCACAAUACUGCCAGGUAAUACUAUAGUUCCACAUACUGCCAGGUAAUACUAUAGAUACUAUAUAGCUCCACAUACUGCCAGGUAAUACUAUAGAUACUAUAUAGCUCCACAUACUGACAGGUAAUACUAUAGAUACUAUAUGGCUCCAAAUACUGCCAGGUAAUACUAUAGAUACUAUAUAGUUCCACAUACUGCCAGGUAAUACUAUAGAUACUAUAUAGCUCCACAUACUGCCAGGUAAUACUAUAGAUACUAUAUAGCUCCACAUACUGACAGGUAAUACUAUAGAUACUAUAUAGCUCCACAUACUGCCAGGUAAUACUAUAGAUACUAUAUAGCUCCACAUACUGCCAGGUAAUACUAUAGAUACUAUAUAGCUCCACAUACUGCCAGGUUUAAUACUAAUAGAUCACUAUAUAUCUCCACAUCACUGGCCAUGGUAAUACUUUAUAGAUACUAUAUAGCUCCACAAUACUGACAGGUAAUACUAUAGAUACUGAUAUAGCUACAAUACGCCAGGUAAUACUAUAGAUACAUAAGCUCCACAUACUGCCAGGUAAUCUAUAGAUACUAUAUAGCUCCACAUACUAAUACUAUAGCUAUAACCACAUACUGACAGGUAAUAAUAUAUACUAUAUAAGCUCCACAUACUGCCAGGUAAUACUAUAGAUAUAUAUAGUUCCACAUACUGCCAGGUAUAUAUUACUCCUCACAUCUGACAGGUAAUACUAUAGAUCUAUAUGCCACAUACUGCCAGGUAAUACUAUAGAUACUAAUAGCUCAUACUAUACUAUAAUACUAUAUAGCCCACAUACUGCCAGUAAUACUAUGAUAUAGAUACUCCAUACUGCCAGGUAAUACUAUAGGAUACUAUAUAGCUGCCACGUACUGCCAGGUAAUACUAUAGAUACUAUAUAGCUCCACAUACUGACAGGUAAUACUAUAGAUACUAUAUAGCUCCACAUACUGCCAGGUAAUACUAUAGAUACUAUAUAGCUCCACAUACUGCCAGGUAAUACUAUAGAUACUAUAUAGCUCCACAUACUGACAGGUAAUACUAUAGAUACUAUAUAGCUCCACAUACUGCCAGGUAAUACUAUAGAUACUAUAUAGCGCCACAUACUGCCAGGUAAUACUAUAGAUACUAUAUAGCUCCACGUACUGCCAGGUAAUACUAUAGAUACUAUAUAGCUCCACAUACUGCCAGGUAAUACUAUAGAUGCGAUAUAGCUCCACAUACUGCCAGGUAAUACUAUAGAUACUAUAUAGCUCCACGUACUGCCAGGUAAUACUAUAGAUACUAUAUAGCUCCACAUACUGCCAGGUAAUACUAUAGAUACUAUAUAGUUCCACAUACUGACAGGUAAUACUAUAGAUACUAUAUAGCUAGGACCUAUAUAGACGUCUGUAACACGGGCAAAAACCUUUUCCCAGCAUCUCUGCUUUGGCAAAAAAGGUACAUUAGUUGUAUAAUUAAGCAAUAAGGCACUUCGGGGGUUUGUAGUAUAUGGCCAAUAUACCACGGCUAAGGGCUGUUCUUAUCCACAACGCAACGCGGAGUGCCUGGAUACAGCCAUUCGCCGUGGUAUAUUGGCCAUAUACCACGAACCCCUGAGGUGCCUUAUUGCUUUAAUGUUUUUUUUUUCAUGAGGAUUUGAGGAGGAUUUUUAUUUUAUUUUAUCCAUUUUAGAAUACGGCUGUAGCGUAAAAAAAUGAGGAAAAAGUCAAGGGGUCUGAAUACUUUCCAAAUGUAUUGUAGGCUGGUCAUCUAGGUUUGUACCUGUAGACUUGGCUCAGUUGGUAGAGCAUGGCGCUUGCAAUGCUAAAGUUGUGGGUUCGAUUCCCACGGGGACCAGUACGAAAAUGUAUGAAAAUAUAUGCACUCACUACUGCUCAAUGUAAUACUAUAAUAAAACACAUUAAGCUGUUAUCCGUAAUUAACUGUUAUCAGACUCAAGUUACAAAUGCUGGUAAACACUCAAAUACAUUUUAGUUAAAAAAAUAAAAAAUGAAAAAGUAGUGCAUUGGUCCUUUACUAGUCCUCUAUUAGAGGACCGAUAUAGACGUCUUCAGUGCGGCCAUUUUUUAAAUUCUGCAUCCCCCCGUCCCUCGGCACCCCCAAACUACUUCCCGUUGCUAUGGCUGGAGACGACUAAAGGCCUAUACUCGGAGCAGACCCUUCGUGGUCAGACAUUAUUGCCAGUUGAACACACCGCUCCUCCUCCACUCAUGUAAUUUACCUCCAGCAUGAACACAUUUGAGAGAGAUAGAGAGAGAGAGAGAGAGCCCCUCCCAGUUGGGUUAUCAGAGAGUGGGCUGUAACUCAAUCGCCACACAAAGGGAGCUGAAUUCCAUUGUGUCAGAGCUUUAACCCCCAGAACUUUUAUUUAGUGCUGUUGUUAAAGGGCUGGGGUCUGUCAGGCAGCGCAGAGAAGAUAUUAGAGGUCGUAAAUCAGACUUCAACGAGGCUCAGCUGGUGUCUUUUUCUAUCUCUCCCAGUAUGUGUAGCUGAGAGUAUAUUUAUUGAAAACACACACACUACCACAAGCACACACACACACAAGAUGUUUUGCAUCAUAGAAGCAACGAGGCUUUUCAGGAAUUCUUUGGUACCAUACAUGGAAUGAAACAGUUGACUGAGAUAAGUAGCAAGAACAAUGGGGAAACACAAAGCAGUUUAGGGGUCCGUUUCAUUUCAAUUGAGUUCACUCCAAAAAUCCUCAUUUGAAAAUGAAUGCAAUUUUUUUCAAUUCUUUGAAGGGAAUAUCAAAUAUUUUCUUGAAUUGACUGAAAUUGACCCCCAAGCCUGAAAGGGUCAUAAGAGGUUAAUCACACCUUCAGUGUCACUGUCUUUUUGCAAUCUCAAGGGGUUCACUUUGGGCAAAGGAGUUCAGCCAGUUCGGCGACCUCCUGUGUGGUCACCAGGGGUGUCGUUCAUUUUACUGACCCAGAUCAGAUCUCAGGAUGGGAGUCUUUUGAAGGGAGGAAUGAUGACUUGUUAACCAGGGGUCGACCCCGUUCUCUGUUUGGACAGAAACCGGAGAGGAGAGAAAGCUGGAGUUCCUGGUAGAGCCACUUCCUGUGACCAAAGUGGUGGGGGCCAGUGUGCUGCUGCCGUGUGUGGUGACGGGUUACCCCGCGCCCUACGUCCGAUGGAUGGUGGGAGACAAGCUUGUUGAGGAGAGGUGAGUUGGACCCAAAAGCCCUAUUUUUAGAGAGAAUUUAGAAUUUGUAUUCCUUGCAAACCAAUUUCUUCCAAACCCAACAGUAUUAAUAAAAAACUAAAAUGGCUGUAAAAGAAGGGCCCUUUAUUGUCUAAGGACCCAACUGGAAAUAAGUGUUUUUAAUCUCCUCACUGCCGUAGGUUGCUUUGUUUAUAGCCAUCCAUAGCACAGAAAUCAAGUUGUCGUGUUCAUUUGUACUGUUUGAAUCAUUAGAUAAUUGAAUCAGUCAUAAAAAAUGUCCAAAAGGUAGUGUGAAUGUGUUCCUCUAGCCCUCAGGCGUCCCUAGUCACACUCCUAUAGCAGUACCCGGUUCCUUUGUGCCCUGUGCCCAAAGUGCAAACACUUAAAGGGCUGGCGCCUGUUCCCCGAGGUGUUCACGCCACUGGGCCUGAGUGUCUUGAGCGCGCCACCGACGGGGCCAACAACACUGCCACUUCAGCAGGAAGACAACAAGGCCGGGGCUGCCAGCCGUGUCUGGGAGUUCACAAAUGAAAACCCUGGGAGAGCGUCACACUCUUAG